AGUGAAGCGAUUCUUAACGAUAGAUGGCAGGAUGUUUCCCAUGAAGUUGUCGCACAUGUUACGUUACUACGGUUUCCUCAGGCUUGUUACUUCUCCGUCGCGAGUCGUAGCGGCCGGUAGAGAGGUGAGAGUGUUUGGCGCGUUUGCGAAAUUGUGCAGGAACAUGUCGUACACCACCGUUGAGAGGGGUGCGCUCAACAGCACGGACUACAGGGUGUAUUUCAAAAAUGAUACGGAUAUCCCAAUUUCACCCAUGCAUGACAUUCCACUUUAUGCCGAUAAGGAAAAUAAAAUAUUAAACAUGGUUGUUGAAAUACCAAGAUGGACAAAUGCUAAAAUGGAAAUCUCUCUCAAAGAGGCUUUGAAUCCAAUCAAGCAGGAUGUUAAGAAAGGCAAAUUAAGAUAUGUUGCAAAUUGUUUUCCUCAUCAUGGUUACAUAUGGAAUUAUGGAGCUCUACCACAGACUUGGGAAAAUCCUGAUGUUUUGGACGAGGCAACUGGCUGCAAAGGUGACAACGAUCCUAUUGAUUGUCUUGAAAUAGGCUACAAAGUUGCAAAACGAGGCGAAAUAUUAAAAGUGAAAGUUCUGGGAACAGUGGCUCUUAUUGAUGAAGGUGAAACUGACUGGAAAAUUAUUGUGAUUGAUAUCAAUGAUCCUUUGGCAGAUCAAAUGAAUGAUGUAAAUGAUAUUGAAAAACACUGUCCUGGUCUAUUGAAAGCCACAAUUGAAUGGUUCAAAAUAUAUAAAAUUCCGGACGGAAAACCGGAAAAUCAAUUCGCAUUUAAUGGAGAAGCAAAAUCGCGAGAAUUCGCAUUGAGCAUUGUUGAUGAAGUACACGAACAUUGGCAACAUUUAAUUCAACAAGAAACUGAUUCUGGUGGUAUAAUAUGUUCUAACGUAACUGUGGAAGAUAGUCCUUAUAAAAUUACCGCGGAAGCUGCUGAAGAAAUUUUAGAAAAGGCACCUAAAGCAGAACUUGAACUUCAAUCUGUAGAAUCUAUAGUCGAUAAAUGGCAUUAUGUGCAUCUUAAAUAAGGAUAAGUGGAUAUCGUACCUUGAAGCACAUACUUAUCCGCACUGUCCAUUCAACGAAGUUGUUUCCUAUUUAUCAGUUUUAUACUUUCUUACACUAUAUUACGUUUUCUUGAUUCCAUUCGAAUAAUUAUGGACAGCAUUUAAAUAGUUUGAUAUACAUAUAUCCGACGACAUAAUAAGAAAUUUGUUUCUUAUUUAUCAUUUUUAUAAUCAGUACUUCAUUCUUUUUCCAACACUUUAAACUGAUUGUAACUAAUAUAGUUAUGGAAUUACUUGUCACAAGAAUUGUUAGAUAUGUUCCGUAAAUGUAUCUUUUUAUUAUGUCAUUGGCAUAUUACUACGUUCUUAAUGUAAAACCAACAUAGUUUUAGGAGUUGUGACCCGGUAGCCUUUUAAAUCUAGGGGAAGUUCCUUAGGUGAAAGAACGUGGUUAUAUUCCUCGAUAGUAUUUAUUCCGGUAUGGAGAUAACAAUAAACUGAUAUGCAUACAAA